AUGGCAGUCGAAUCGCAGCCAGGGCAGCCAGUACCGCCAACAUCGGACCCAGCCAGCAACGACGGUAGCGGUGCCUCGAAGCAGCUGAGGCGAGCAUGCGACUGCUGCCGUAAGAGAAAGGUGAAGUGCGAUGGGGAAGAGCCUUGCAAUCCGUGCAAGAAAGCGUCAAUCAGAUGCGCGUACUUGCAACCGCCCAAGAAGAAAGGACCAAAGGGCUUGCGCAGUGCUCGAGUAUUGCACGCGCUUCGGAGGAUCGACGACGAUGCGGCGUUACAGAGUCCUACUAGCCCUACGAGUCCGAACGGACAUGGUCCAUUUGGAAACUGGCAAUGGAGCGCUGGAUCCCCAACUUCGCAAUACCAAAGUCAUCAUCAGCAUACGAGAUUGCCGGACGCAGCGUACGGAGUACACCCAAGCGUUGCGCCUGAUCAGCAUCCUUACUGCCAGCAUGUACCGACAGCCAUGCCACAGCAACAGCCUCUUCCUCAAGCAUUACCUACGUUCAAGAGAGAGCCCACCCAGCAGUCGAGCUGGACAUCCUAUCCCGCACAGUCUGUGGCUAGCAAUAGUCCCACGGGCAAUGGGAGCAUACCGCAGAUGCUAUCACCCACUACAUCAGAGGUCUACCAUGGCCGCGCACUGUCAGGCGAGACAUUGCUCCCUUACGUCGACCUGUUCUUCAAACACAUGUAUAUCAUCAUGCCUGUCAUUGACAGGACUGUCUACCUGGAUCCCGCGUUCUACACCAACACCAGCUGUCUGAGUCGUGACGUUUACUGCUUUUUAUGCUCGCUCUGCGCUGCUACCAUCGUUCAGCUUGAUGAUUCCAUUCCACAGCCCCCAUCGCCUCAUCCAACGAAGAAGGCAGAUCACCUUUUUGCUGAAGAAUGUUUACGAGAGCGGAGGACAUUUGAUUAUGUGGAGAGCAUGUCUACUCUGAGCAUCAUGACUUCUUUCUUCCUAUUUGCAUACUAUGGCAACCACGAGAAGCACUUGCAGGCUUGGCACUAUCUACAGGAGAGCAUCACCUUCUCGGAAAACUUGAAUAUGGACGACGAGCUGUCCUAUGAGAAGCUGAACCCGGUCGAAGGGCAAUGGCGACGACGCUUGUAUUGGCUACUGUUCAUCACUGAGCGGGCGUAUGCCGUACAAAGGAGAAAGCACACCAGGUUACAUGCCUCGGUGACAUUGCCAGCAGUGUUCGAAAGCGAAGAUCCUCAACUACUCAAUGGCUUUGUCAAUCUAGCAAACCUCUUCAGCGCAGUCGACGACUCUUUUGUCAGCGCUUGGCGGGGAUCCAGAAGAGCUAGUCUAAAUGAUGAAGCCUGGCUUGCACGGACACAAAAGCAGCUGGACGCAACUGCGGACUCAAUUGGAACGGCUGAGCUGACGGAGACUCAGCACCUUGACAUCAGCAUAACUCGAGAAUGGCUCCAUGUUCUUGCUUGGCAAAUGGGGGUCUCCAAUGGCCUGAUAUGGGGUCAAGGUGAAGGCGGCAUGAGGUUGGACUACCCGGUCGAGUUAGCCAGAAAGGUCGUAGAGAUCACAUCAAAGGCCAGCGCGAUGGCUCUGGAUAGCCAUGGGAUUGGCAUGGAGCAGAAACUCUCCGACAUUGCUGGCUGCCUUGCGGAUGUGCUCAAAUGUACAGCUGGUGAUAGUUCGGCAACGUUCUUGGAGGGCAAACAAUACCUCAACAUACUGCUUAACAAAUUGUCCAGUAUGCGCGGCAAGGAAUCACGAUACCUCAAACCACUUAUGGCGAAGAUGGAAGGCCUCAUCGAUUACGAAGUGAACAACGUCACCCUGCCUCUGCCCAACCAGCCAGCACCGCUCUUCUCCGAAGCGAACACGCAGCAAAUUCCUACGAUCUUUGCGCCGAGCAGUCCACGGUGGAGCAUGACAGACUCGGUCUCUAUGCUCAGGACGCUGUCUAUGUGCGGAACAUUAGGUAUACCAGGCAUCGCGGUGCCAGAAGAGUGGGAUCAGCGCCGGCCGAGUGGCCGCAUGCUGGAGAAUAGUGAGCUUGAAGUUUUGCAGCCAUGGUUGGCACAAGGCACGGCGUGA